UCAGUGGUCGAAGACGGGUGUGGGGACAUCGCCGCGGUGGGCGCUGCCCAUUGGGAGGCGAUCGACCCUGGACAAAUGGACCUAACAGAGAGGGGGGGAGGAGGUCAGCCAACAGAGAGAGCAGGAUGUUGUCAUAUUGUGCUGUUGAUUGAGGUGGUGGGGGUGGUGGCUGACCUGGAAAGCUGGCGUGUGCCACCCGCCGCAGGAGCACUGCAGGCCGUGCCACGACCAUGCGCCAAGCUUGCCCUUGCACUGCACACAUGACAAUCCAUCGACCAGCAGACAGACAGACGAGGAGGUUCAUGUGAUGGUUGUUAAUGUAUCUGCUGUUUGCCAUUACUGUACCCUCUGAUUGGAGCAGACGAGCUUCCCAGUUUGGUCCUUCUGAACAGACACACAAAUUGCCCUUUCCUCUCCGUCUCUCUCUGUGCUGCGUGUGGGGGCGUGUGAGUGGUGCCUUACGAGGUCGCCCAUCCACUUCAUGGGCUCGACAAACACCGAAGUGCACUCGUGGCCCGGUGUCUGACAACAGAGAACGAUGGACGCACUUAUGGUGGUACCUGUGCAUACCGCAGAACUCGUCUUCUUCCUCUGGAAGCUCUUCCACUUCCACCCAUCUCUGGCGUGGUGUGGCAGAAGGUUGCUCUCAUAGAACAGGCGCGUGCGACACUUCCUGGAACACAUAUAUACACAAACACACCUACCAGCGACACCAACAAUGCACUCAUUGUCGGUGUCUCACUCACGCACUUGCAUGUGUAUUGCCACUCUGCCAGCUCCCUGGAACUUGCCGGCGGGCGUCUGCUCCCACCUGAUGCCGCAACGUCCCCAUCAUCUUGGCCGCUGCCGCCCUCAUCGCUUAGAAUGCCCUCUUCCUGGUCCAGCUGGUCAUCAAAUAGCAGGCCUUCAGGGUCGUCACUAAUGUCAGGAAACGGCAAAGAUUGUCCCCGGUCACACGCGCGCUUCCACAGCCGAUACUGCCUGUGGUGCGGGCUGCUGCCGGCCGUGGUGCAUCCCAUCCUCUCGUACAGCCUGAGCUGCUUUCGGAAGUUCAGAUUGGGACAGGUUGGGGGGUGUGCGUCCUCCACCCAGCUGAGUGCGUCGUCGAACGACAUCUUGGAGGCCUUCAUCAGAUACGCGAUGCAGACGGCAGCGCUUCGGCUGAUGCCCUGGUGGCUAGAGAAAACAGCGCAGCAGAGAGGAUCGAUGUCACUGUGACCUUCAAUCCCCCACCCAGUGUGUGUGCCGUGCCGCGGCCCCCCUACCAGUGGAUGAGCACAUCUGCCGUUGGCUCGCCGUCCAUCACGCCUUCAAUGAACUCGCAUGCCUCGUCCAAAUGAGCGAUGAGAUCAGACUCAUAGUCGUCAAGAAUCGGCACCUCGUGGAACAAAGUCCUGCUGAGGUCGACACACUCGGCCAAUCCCUCAGUCAGGGCCUCUCGCAGCCCCAAGCCAGCCGACACGACGGCCGCCAGUGACUCAUCCGCAAGCGCAUCGAUGGCGUCGUCGAGAGAACCAAUCUGACAGCAGGAAGAUGAAAUGAGAGUCGCAAUGCAGUGCAUGACGUUUGCGCAUCCUCCCAAGCGUGUGUGCGAUGUACCAGGAGAUGAGGCCGGACUUUCGAUGCGACCAUCUUCGUCUACUCGUUCUUCAAUUCAUCCAAUAGAUCCAGAUAUGUGUGACCUCUUUCUUUUAUUACCUUUCC